AUGCCUUCCCCGGACUCGACCCGGCCCCUCCGCCGGAGCAGUCGACGUCGCGGUCGUUCUCGUGCUCACGGUAGUAGCGACGCCGGCGACGAUAUAGGCGGCAUUCUUAGUUGUCUCAGCUGUCCUGACCCCGAGCUGCUCGACUGCCGCCGAUGCCUCGUUAGCGUGGGCCUCCUCGCCCUUGCUAGCACGGCGGCCGUCGUCUGCGCCUGGUUCUGGCCGGCACCCUUCUUCUCCGUCUCGGCCAACCAUGUCCCAGCCGGUUGGACCGGAGACCCGCGCGUCAACCUCUCCAUCUCGAGUCUGCAUCCGGAGGACAUUGGCAUCUUGGCUAUCCCCUUUCCAGUCGCCGACUUGGCCACGCUUCCUGCGCUCUGGCUCAAAGUGUACGUCCGGCAGUCGACAACAGGCCCCGGCGAAUAUAAACAGGUGCAGGCGCUGAGGGCCGAGCACGCGCCCCUGGCUGUCGACAGGGCCAACGUCACCCUCACGCUGGAGCUCAUGGAAACGCUCUGGCCGGUACUGAUCCAAGCGGCUAACGACCUACUCGUCCUCGGCUUGGGCCGCGACCACCCUGACUACCGCCCCUUGAGGAACUCCCUGAUCGAACCGGGGAGGACGAAGCCUGCGCUGCUCUCGCUAGUCCGCGCAAAGGAGCUCUGGGAGGGUCGUCUUCACAGCUCCGCGCUGGCUUGGCCAUACGGGGCCCAAGCCUUUCUUCGGUCCGUUCGCGCGUUCAUGCAGCUCCCGGUAGAAUGGAGGGCUGACAACAACAAUAACAACAACAGCACUAUCGCUGCUACUUUCCCCAGCAUCGGGUCCUCUCAACCCCCGACCUCCCUGAGACUGCUCAGGCACGCAAGACACCAACACCCACCCAAUCAAACGCUCCCUGGACUCCUCGCCGGCCUCCAACCAUCGGCCAACACAACGGGACAGUUGCGAGGGAUGAUGGUCGCCUUGGACUCGAACCUAGACAUCAACCGCCUCGGGCUAUGCCGCGUGCCGAGGCUGCUCGAGGCCAUCGCCUCGGGCCAUUGCAUCCGGACCAAGACCUCGGGCAUGUCCAUCCCGUGCUGGGCCCCGCUGGGGAGCCAUUGCCACCCGACCGACUGCAUGGGGGGCCUCAGAGAAGCGCUCUGCGACGCCGAGGCGCUGCUGUCGUCCGUGGCAGCGGCGGCCGAGCGCGCAAAGGCCCGCGUGCUGGAGGAGCGCAUCGUCGGCCGCUUACGCUACAGGGACGGCGUGGCGCGGCAGCUGGAGAAGCCGAUAGCGGAAGCCGUUGGCCGCCUCAAGACCAAGGUAUCGGACGGCUGGUUGGAGAGGCUGGGGUUGGGCGACUUGCUACUGGAGGAGGAGGCGGACGGGCUGGGAAAGCCUUCCGAGCCACUAUGGUCUCUGUAG